UAUGCAAAGGAGAAUUAUGACAACAUGUCUUUAUCUUCAUAACAGUAUAUGUAUUAUAAUUUCAUUAAUACAUUAUAAUUAUCAUUGCUAAUGAAAGAUUUUGAUUUAACUUUUCCUCUACAUAGGAAAUAGGCGUGUGAACAUUUGUGACACUUAAUUCCAUUUUUAUCCCAACUCCACCCCCAUUCGCAGCCAUUCUAUAGAUUAUACUCCAGUUCUGGAAUUGUAAAAACUUUUUACACACGGAUGAAACAACCGUUUGCAAAACCAGGUGAAGAUCUCCUUUAUCUAAAGGAAUGUUCAUGUAGCGCCAUCUAUCGGCUAUUUUUCACAUUACAGGCUGUUAUUAAUCCACAUAGCUUUAACUAGCGCGGAGGGAUACCUGGAGAUUAUACAACCAGCCUCUUUAAUCCUUUAGGGCCCCAAUUUCACAUUACAAAGUUGCAUCAGGACUUUAUGGACCUAGGAAUGAUACGGACUGGAGCCUGGAAUUUACUUUCUAUACCCACCUGAGGAUUAACACUUGUUUGGAAUGGCCGCCUACAUCGAAUUUGUGCCCCCUCCGGAAUGCCCGGUGUUCGAGCCCAGCUGGGAGGAAUUCUCUGAUCCCCUGAGUUUCAUCGGACGCAUCUGACCGAUUGCUGAAAAGACAGGGAUAUGCAAAAUCCCACCUCCCAAGGACUGGCAGCCGCCCUUUGCCUGCGAUGUCAAAAGCUUCUGCUUCACCCCUCGGGUACAGCGCCUCAACUAGAGGCAAUGACCCGUGUCAAACUCGAUUUCUUGGAUCAGCUGGGAAAAUUUUGGGAGCUGCAAGGUUCCGCGCUCAGAAUUCCAGUGGUGGAUGGCAAGCUGUUGGGUGUGUAUGCACUGAGCAAGGUGGUUUCCAGUGAGGGGGGAUUUGAGGUUGUCACUAAAGAGAAGAAAUGGUCUCAGGUGGGCAAUCGGAUGGGAUACCAGCCAGGCAAAGGCACAGGCUCUCUUCUGAAGUUGCACUAUGACCGAAUCCUCUACCCCUACGAGCUGUUCCAGUCUGGCGUCAGCCUGAUGGAAAGAAAUGCACCUAGAAUAUUCUAGAGAGAAACCUUCUGUUUCAGUUUUUAGUAAAGGUACCGGUAUAGGACCUGUUAUCCAGAAUGCUCGGGACCUGGGGCUUUCCGGAUAAGGGGUCUUUCCGUAAUUUGGCUCAUU